AAUAACCCCCAUGUUCCUGAAAGUCUGAGACACACAUCUUUGUGCUUGCUUUCUUUCUUUCUUCCUUUUUUUUUUGGGUGAUUUCAAUUUACAGAGAAACAGCUUCAAACUCUUCUCAACAAAUUAUAUAAAUACACCCAAAUGCCAUUCAAUUUCAACUAAAAUAAGCACAAUUAGCAUAAUCCCAUCAAAUUUUUUUACUUUUCUCUCUCCUAAUCUUUAGAUCUCACUGAUUUUUGUUUGAUCCCUUUAAUUUCAACUCUGAUCGCUGGUUUCUGCUUACCAGAUUCGAUUUGACUCUUUGAAUUUUGUUGGGUUUGUAUUUUUUUCUUUAAUCGAAUCGAGACACUGGACCCAAUCAUGAAUCCCUUUUCGUCAGGAACCCGUUUGAGGGACAUGAUUCGUGCUAUACGCGCUUGUAAAACGGCAGCAGAAGAACGUGGAGUUGUCAGAAAAGAAUGUGCAGCUAUCCGCGCUGCCAUUAGUGAAAAUGAUGCAGAUUACCGGCAUCGAAACAUGGCCAAGCUCAUGUUUAUUCACAUGCUUGGUUACCCUACACAUUUUGGGCAAAUGGAAUGCCUGAAGUUAAUUGCCGCUCCUGGAUUUCCAGAAAAAAGAAUAGGAUACCUGGGACUUAUGUUACUUCUUGAUGAAAGACAAGAAGUUCUUAUGCUGGUUACAAAUUCUUUAAAACAAGAUCUCAACCACACAAACCAGUACAUCGUGGGACUUGCUCUUUGUGCUCUUGGGAACAUAUGUUCUGCUGAAAUGGCACGUGACCUUGCUCCAGAAGUAGAGAGAUUGCUUCAAUUUCGGGAUCCAAAUGUUCGCAAGAAAGCAGCACUCUGCUCAAUCCGGAUUAUAAAGAAAGUCCCUGAUCUGGCGGAGAAUUUCAUAAAUCCUGCCGCUUCUUUGCUCAAAGAAAAGCACCACGGAGUCCUGAUAACUGGAGUCCAACUCUGUACGGAUUUAUGUAAUAUCAGCAAAGAUGCACUUGAGUAUUUCAGAAAGAAAUGCACUGAUGCUGUGGUGAAAGUUCUAAAGGACCUUGUCAACAGUCCAUAUGCUCCAGAGUAUGAUAUUGCUGGAAUUACAGAUCCUUUCCUCCACAUCAGAUUGCUGAGAUUUUUGCGUGUUUUGGGUCAUGGUGACGCUGACGCUAGUGACUGCAUGAAUGACUUACUUGCGCAGGUGGCAACAAAAACAGAGUCUAACAAGAAUGCGGGAAAUGCAAUCCUGUAUGAGUGUGUGGAAACUAUUAUGAACAUUGAAGAUAAUAGUGGUUUGCGUGUACUAGCCAUUAAUAUUCUUGGAAGAUUUUUAUCGAACAGGGACAAUAACAUUAGAUAUGUUGCCUUAAAUAUGUUGACGAGGGCUAUAAAUUUUGACGCUCAAGCAGUACAGAGACAUCGAGCGACGAUCUUAGAAUGUGUGAAGGAUUCAGAUGCUUCGAUCAGGAAAAGGGCUCUUGAACUUGUGUAUCUUCUAGUGAAUGAGAGUAAUGUAAAGCCUUUGACAAAAGAGCUAAUUGACUAUUUGGAAGUUAGUGACCUCGAAUUUAAGGAGGAUCUUACAGACAGAGUCUGCUCCAUUGUUGACAAGUUUUCACCAGAUAAGAUUUGGUACAUUGAUCAAAUGCUGAAGGUUCUUUGUGAGGCUGGCAAUUAUGUGAAGGAUGAAGUGUGGCAUGCUCUUAUUGUUGUUAUAAGUAACGCUGUCAGUCUCCAUGGGUAUACGGUUAGGUCCCUUUACAGAGCUCUUCAAGCAUCAACUGAGCAGGAAACUCUAGUCAAAGUGGCAGUUUGGUGCAUUGGAGAAUAUGGUGAUAUGUUGGUCAACAAUGUUGGGAUGCUAGACACAGAGGACCCAAUAACUGUAACCGAAUCUGAUGCAGUGGAUGCAAUUGAGAAUGCUAUCAAGAGUCACAACUCGGAUGUUACCACUACAUUAAGCCUAUGGGAGACGAAGUCCGGAUCAAUCCCGGUACCUACAGAUGAUAUGGUUCAUACAUCCAUAUUUGGGAAUGUUGCUCAAGUUAACUUUGAGGUUGGGUAUGAUUUACAAGCAAAAAGGGUAUCAUUUGUUCCAACAGACUGCACCAAGUAUUAA